AUGGAUGACAAGGAGCUUGCCGAGAUUUACGCCUUCGCCGUGCAAUUGGGCAAGGAUGCCGGCGACAUGCUCAUGGCCGCAGCCCGCCGGCGCAUGGACGGCAGCGGGGACGAGUCCAGCUCGUCCACCGUAUCGUACGUCGAGAAGGAGAACUCGGUAGACAUUGUGACCAAGACCGAUAACGAUGUCGAGCACUUCAUUCGGACGUCGGUCGAAGCCAAGUAUCCUGAUCAUGGCUUCCUCGGUGAGGAGUCGUACUCCGCCGGGGCAUCUCGAACAUACCUCGUCGAUGACCGGCCGACCUGGAUAGUCGACCCUCUGGAUGGGACCGUCAACUUCACCCACCUCUUCCCCAUGUUCUGCGUGUCCAUCGCCUUCGCAGUCAAAGGCGUGCCCAUUAUCGGCGUCAUCAACGCCCCCUUCCUGCACCAAUCCUUCUCGUCAUGCGUCGGCAAGGGCGCCUGGCUCAACGGCACACAGCGGCUCCCCUUGAUCCGCAACCCAACGCCUCCAAUGCCACACAAUGCACCCAGCGGGUGUACGUUUUCCUGCGAGUGGGGGAAGGAUCGCCGAGACAUCCCCGAUGGCAACAUGACGCGCAAGGUGGAAUCCUUUGUCAACAUGGCUUCUGAGCGCGGUGGACGAGGCGGAAAGGGCGGGAUGGUCCACGGCAUGCGCAGCUUGGGGAGUGCAACACUCGAUCUCGCAUACACAGCUAUGGGGUCCUUCGAUAUCUGGUGGGAAGGUGGUUGCUGGGAAUGGGACGUCGCUGCUGGUUUCGCGAUUCUCGAGGAAGCUGGAGGUUUGAUCACCACAGCCAACCCACCAGAAGACCCUGAGACGGCAGAUAUCCCCACAGCACAUCUUGGCGGCAGGUUGUAUUUGGCUAUUCGCCCAGCAGGUCCUUCUGAGAAGGAGACCGGUCGCCAAUCACAGGAGAGAACUGUAAGAGAGGUUUGGAAGCGGGUUCGACAUCUAGACUACAAGCGGCCUGGUGCUGAAACAUAA